UAAGAUGCACGAGUGUCGGGAGGUCCGCCAAGCCACAAAACGCUGAAAGCUCCAAUAUAGCCAAUGAUCGGACCCGGCUUGUUACGUGACGCGGCCAUAGGUGUCCAGAAUAGGACCAUGAGGUAGCAAUAGAGCCGUAGGGAUUCGGGAUUCCAGCAUGAACUGAGCUGUUUCUGGGGUUUGAUUGCUGACUGCAGACACCGUAUCUCCCCGCACUGCAGUGAGACGUUUCUGCAGACGAGAUACACGACAGUAUAUAAAGUCCAAGCAUAUGAUCGUCAAUAGCUUGCUUGGACGUUGAGCUCCUCUCCAUCGUCUCCAAAACUUCCACCUAAGCUAUACUCUUCAGGUCGAUAAUGUCCACUACUAUUCGCGUCGGUGCCGUCCAGGCUGAGCCGGUAUGGCUCGACCUUAAUGGGGCCGUCGACAAGACCAUCUCCCUCAUCGAGGAGGCUGCUGCAGAUGGCGUCCAGGUGCUUGGAUUUCCCGAGGUGUGGAUUCCUGGAUACCCGUGGUCCAUGUGGACUUCGAGUGUCAUCGAAAACACCCAUAUCAUCCACGAAUACAUGGCGAACUCGAUGCCCCGAGACUCAGACCAUAUGAGACGUAUCCUUUCCGCGAUAAAGAAGGCGGGGAUGUUUGUGGUUCUUGGAUAUAGCGAGAGGGAGGGCGGUAGUCUCUACAUGGCCCAAUCCUUUAUUUCGCCGGAAGGUGAAAUAGUCCACCACCGACGGAAGAUAAAGCCCACACACAUAGAGCGAACUAUCUGGGGUGAAGGCCAAGCCGAAUCGCUGAAGUGUGUGGUGCCAUCAAAGUUUGGUAAUAUCGGUGGCUUGAAUUGCUGGGAGCACUUACAACCUUUGCUUCGUUACUACGAAUAUUCGCAAGGGGUUCAAAUACAUGUUGCAAGUUGGCCUGCAGAAUUUGAAAUGCCAGAUCCCUCCAAAAUUGCUUGGCUAUAUCAUGAGACGGGAGAGGCAAGCUACCGAGCGAGCCAGUUCAUGGCUAUAGAGGGGCAGUGCUUCGUCCUCGUCGCAUCACAAAUCCUAACCGAGAAGAACCUGGAAAAAAACAACCUUUCCGGCAACCCAGUAACCAAGACGCCCGGCGGUGGCUUUUCCAUGAUUUUUGGACCCGACGGCAAGCCGCUCUGCGAACCCAUCGGCGCUGGAGAAGAGGGUAUCCUCAAGGCGGAUAUUAAUUUGCGGGAUAUCGAUUAUCCCAAGGCAUUCAUCGAUGUCGUCGGUCAUUACGCCAGGCCGGACUUGCUAAGCUUGCUGGUAAAUCCCACUCAAGACUUACAUGUGACGAAGAUGUCUAAGUAGGGGCGGCCCCAAAUAGGUCGCCAAGAUGGGUUGUGAGAAAUUAAUUAUAGGGGGUAUAAUGGUA